AUUAAAUAUAUCAUUUCUUUUGCAAAAUAACACCAAUUUUUUGGCAACUUUUAAAUCGGCCGGAAAACUGAAAAAACUCGUUUUCGAUCCUUUAAUUGCAUAAUAAUUAUUACAACAAGCCACUACACAUUUCAUUUUAAAAAAUUAAUAUAUUUAUGCUUAGAAAUUUAAAUAAAUACAACAGUACACUUACACUGGUUUUCUUCAUUUGAACAAUUUCCACACAUGCUACUCUAUUUAUUGUGGAUGUGCCUGAAACUAAUUAUAUACAUAUUUUCUCGCAACAAUAUUCUAAACAUUCCACUGAAAUUUUUCCUGUAAAUACGAAUGAAUUAAUAUUAUUUUGGGAAUUUCAAAAAGUGUUUACUUUUCUGUUUGCAAUUUGUAUGCAUUUCUAUGCUUGUUCGUCUCAACGCAUAAGUGUGACGUCACGAAAUUGUUGCACAAUGUAUUUGUUUUUCCUAGUCAGCUAGAAGAAUUAAUGAGUUGGUUGUGUAAAGUGCCCACAAUAACAACAUAUCGCGUAAAUUCGCUCCGAACCACUGUGCCAGCAUUCAAACAGAAAUUACAAGAAAUAUUACAUGAAAGAUAUACACAGCCACCCAAAGUGUAUGAAAUACCCAGUAUUCCAGAGGUACUUUGCAUUUUACCAACAUCAUUUGGCGUUGAUAUGAAGCAGAAACAGUCAGACUUACAACGUGAGGUUGUAGUCGACAGCUGCUGUGGUGCGGCUUUACUACGCGGCGCUCAUAUCUAUGCACCCGGCGUGCUUGCAAUGGAGGCAGGUACAAAAUUAAAUGAGGAGGUUUUAGUUUACGCCGAUUUGGCGGGUAAAUGUAAACAAGGUACAAAUAUUCGAUAUGAUUCGCUCGAUAAAAUUUUUUUGGGCGUGGGUGUCGUACGAAUGCAACGUCAUCAGAUUUUUGGACCUACAAUAAGUAGUACUUCUGAGUCUUUGAAAGGAGUUGCAGUAGAAAUGAUUGAAACUAUUUCCGGCGUACCUACCAUUGGUGAUCUGAGCUGCAAAGAAGCGCUUCUGCAAAACCUGCCGUCUAUUGUAUGCGUAAGGGUACUGAAUCCUCAACCAGGCGAACGUGUAUUAGAUAUGUGUGCGGCGCCCGGAAAUAAAACUACUCAUAUAGCAGAGUUAAUGGGUGAUAAAGGUGAAGUAAUAGCGCUCGAUAAGGUAGCCAAUAAAAUCUCUGGCAUGUUGGCAAAAAUAACGAAUUCAGCUUUGAAAAGCAUACGCGCCUAUAAUUUUGACGCCACGAAAGCUUUUAGCGCAGCUAAGGAAGCAAAAGACAAUGAAUGCUUGGGCAUGCCACCUUUUGCCGCCAAUACGUUUGAUAAAAUCUUACUUGAUGCACCUUGUAGCGCUUUGGGCAAUAGACCGUUGCUCGUGGGUCCGCCGAAUAUGUCCCAACGUAUGCUCCAAUCGUACCCAAAAGUUCAGCGAAAAUUAUUUUCCGCAGCAGUGCCAUUGCUAAAGCCAAACGGUAUUUUGGUUUAUAGUACUUGCACAGUGACUGAAGAAGAAAAUGAAAGCGUGGUUGCUUGGGUACUAGAGAAAUUUCCACAGAUGAGGCUGGUCCCUGCAACUCCCCAUCUUGGCGGCAUUGGUCUUGAACAAACAGCUCUUAGCAAUGUUGAGAGGCAAUACGUCCAACGGUUUGGUCAACAACCAAAAGAAUUCGAAGGAGUUCCCAUUGACACCGUCGGAUUUUUUAUAGCAAAGUUUAUAAAGGAAUAUUAAAUGUCAUGUGCCUGGAGACUGUAAUUUCUGUUUUAAAGACUAUGUCUGUAUCAUAUGUAACCUAUGCAUUUCUUUCACUUUAAGUAAAUAUUAAAAUCAUGCAGUACUUGCUCAAAA